AUGCUGAAAUUAAAGGAUGAACCUUUUAAAUAUGGCGAACUUGCGAGGAUAACAGGGAACUUUGGAAUGGUUCUCGUUGAAGGAGGAUCUGGAAAUAUAUAUUUUGGAACACUAGAGGAUGGCACCGAAGUUGCUGUGAAGGUCUUCUUUUGUUUUUCUAUACGAGGGUCCAGGGAAUUUCAAGCCAAGGCCAAACACUUGAGGGCUGUUCACCAUGAAAACUUGGUUUCUCUGCUUGGAUAUUGUGAUGGCACCAAAACCAAGGGGCUAAUAUAUGAAUUUAUGGAUGGUGGAAAUCUGCAACAAAACUUAACAGGCGACAUUCCAAAUUUCUUGACUUGGAGUAAGAGACUACAAAUUGCCGUGGAUGUAGCACAAGGUCUGUACAUGAAAUAUCCACUAUUACAGUUUUUGCUCUGGCAUGGUUUAAGGAGUUUUUACAAAGAAUUGCAGGUUUGGAUUAUCAUGAUUGCCAACCACCCAUCAUCCAUGGAGACUUGA